UGCUUUAAAAAGGGAGCCCAUGGCUUCUGGCAUUCAGGUUUCAGAACUGCACCCUGACGGAAUAAUCUGACUAUCAUCCUGAGCACAACUGCGGGAAUUAACGCUGUGUUCGGACGAUUUGUAACUUUGUCAAACUUCUGGUCAAGUUUUAUUAUUAUUAUUAUUAUUAUUACUUUAAACUUAUAGAUAAAUCUCUAGAUGGUGAAGAUGGGAAAAGACUACUACAGCAUAUUAGGGAUUCAGAAAGGUGCGUCUGAUGACGAGAUCAAGAAAGCGUACCGCAAACAAGCUUUAAAAUAUCAUCCGGAUAAAAACAAGUCGCCCAACGCCGAAGAGAAGUUCAAGGAGAUCGCGGAAGCCUACGACGUCCUGAGUGAUCCAAAAAAGAAGGACAUCUAUGACAAGUUCGGUGAAGAAGGGCUGAAGGGCGGAUCUGGCGGUGGCGGUGGUGGCGGCCCCGGCUUCACGUACACCUUCCAGGGCGACCCGCAUGCCAUGUUUACCGAGUUCUUUGGUGGGCGGAACCCCUUUGAACACAUCUUUAGUCACAGCAUGAGUGGCAAUGAUUACAUGGAUGUGGAUGAGCCAUUUGCAAGCUUUGGCAUGGGUGGUGGGCACCCCUUUGGUGGGAGGAUUAAGAAAAAGCAGGACCCCCCGGUGACCCACGAGCUCCGUGUCAGCCUGGAGGAGGUGUUCAGCGGUUGCACCAAGAAAAUGAAAAUCUCACGACAUAGGCUGAACCCAGACGGCCACAGCACACGCACAGAGGAAAAGAUUCUCACGGUGGAGGUGAAGAAGGGCUGGAAGGAGGGAACCAAGAUUACUUUCCCUAAAGAAGGUGACCAGAUGCCGAACAACAUCCCCGCCGACGUCAUAUUCAUCGUGAAGGACAAACCGCAUCCGGUGUUUAAGAGAGACGGAUCAGACAUCAUCUACCCAGCUAAGAUCUCACUCAAAGAGGCUCUCUGUGGUUGUACAGUAAAGGCCCCAACGUUGGACAAGCGCACUGUCUCCCUGUCACUGCAAGACGACAUCAUCCGGCCCGGGACGAAGCGGCGCAUCACAGGCGAAGGCCUUCCUUUGCCCAAGAGCCCCGAACGCCGUGGUGAUUUAAUCAUUGAGUUUGAGGUGAAAUUUCCUGAGAGAUUGACUCGGGACGCCAAGGACACCAUUGCACAGGUCUUACCCUCGUAAUGGUUGCACUUGAUGACGUUGCGUCCACCGACUGAAAGAUGUGACGCAUGAACCUAUGAACUGAGUUACGCUGAAUUUCAAGCCGGCGAGUCUUUCUGGAUGACCAGUCUUCUUUGCUGCGCUUUGAUAUUUUGCUCAACUGAAAAGAUGUUUCAGUUUUUCAUAACUGAGAGCUUGUGUUUGAAAUUAGCUUUAAAUGUACAGUGAGUAAAACUCCACGUACUACUGGAGGACAUUCCACGAAGUGAGCAAACCUGAUGAACCAGACUUAUUCCAUCAAGCCUGGCUAGGUUCUCUCGAUUUCGUCUCCAUGAAAGAAGCUCAGUUAUAAUGGCAACAUAUUCCAUUUUGGACAAGACUGCUCAGGCUAAUGCUGAAGCUUAGCUGAGUUUGAUGAAUUGUGACAGCUUCUUGAGUUAUUUGGUAUCUUAAAUGGACUGAUUGUUUGAAUAUGUAUUCUGUUGGCCAUCUUCUGCCAGGCAGUUUCUAUGCCUUUAUUACUACGCAGGGUAUUUCCCUGUCUUCAUGUCUUGUAAAGUUUAAUAAACAAUCUCUGCUUUACAGGGUGAAAAGGUUGCCCUUUUUUUGCUGUCUUUAGUUGACAUUUGUGCAGUUGAUUUUCGGGGCAGUUCGGGUAUUACGUAGAUGUGUGACCAUCGAUUUGUACAGUUUCUCUGGAAUUAGCUUAAACAUGUCACACCUGGAUUUUGUUAGUGAAAAAUCUAAAUCACUGAAAAAUCACUGAGCCUGGAAUCACCUGUCUGGUUAAACGAAUCAAGGCUGGGUUUUUUUUUGUUUUGUUUUGUUUUGUUUUGUUUUUUUAUUUAUUUUUUUUUAUUAUUUUUUUUUAAAUGAGCUUGCUUCGUGGAAUAACCUCCUGGUGCUGAGUGGUAGAAAGGACCAUUAGGUUCACGGUUCACAUAGAACCAUGUUUCUCACACACUCUCUCUCGCGCUCUGCUCUGUUCAGUAUGCACUUUAGCAGUUUGGGAUUAUAAGUAUUUUUGUAUAUUCAGUGAUGAGUUUAAGGUUUUAUUGUGAUUAGUAUGGACUCACUAAACCCAUUUUCUUGCAUUUUGAUACAACACUAAUAUUGGUGCUCUGCCUUACACGGAUAUCCUCACAGGAUACUAAUGAGUGUGAGCUUCAAGUUACAUGAAACACGAUGGAUGUGAAAGGCAGUGUUAAUGAAAACGGUUUGUGUGCAGUCUUGUGCAAAAAUUUAGAAAAUGUCAAAUCUGAUCAGAUGGUAUACAGGUGGAAAUCAGUUGAGAGUCUGAGGUAGAUACUCUGUUAGAUUGUUGCAUCAUACAGUUUGUUUUUUGCAACAGUGAUGUACAGGAACAGCUUGCACUGUGUACAUUUUAACAGACCUCACAGUCCAUUUUUAUUUUCCCCCUCAUUUUUUAUUUAUUUAUUAUUUUUUAACAUACAUAUUGGGGUGCUGUGAGAGGGUGUAUUAGUCCAGAUCAAUAAACAUAUAAACUAAACACUCCAUCUAACCCCAGUUUAGCAUAUGAGUAAAUGAAGCACUUAACCCUAUUGGUGUGUGUUUCUGUCUGAUUCAUCUGAAUUGGAUCAUAAGGAAGCUCAGGCAAAAAAAAAAAAAAUAAAAUUCUCAGCAUCUGAGAAUGGUCACAUUAAAUGGUAAACACUGGCACAGUGCGUCAUAGAAAUGACAAAGUUGGUGGUAUGUAUGAAUUUUUUUGGGUAGUGGGGUAAAAAAAAAAAAAAAUCAGUUUUGAGAAAUAAAUAAAUGACUAAAUGUAUCUUAACUACAUAAUCACCAUAAGCUUCCAGAUUUUUUAGAGUUUAUAAUUUAGUUUUGAGCUAAAAUUUUCAGUGUAAUUCAUUACUAUGGGCUCACUACCACCCCUGAUACAUGUCUAACAGGUUGUGCUGGGUGUAGGAUUAUCCAGAUUAGUAGUAGAGAUUGGUUUAAAAAAAAUAAAAAGAUGAAAUAGUUCUCUAUGGGCUAAAUUGUGAUAAUUCAGGAAGAGUUUGUUUAUUUCUCAUUACUGAAAAAGAAAAAAAAAAACUUCCUCAAAGUGAAUACUGUGCAGUGAGUCUUGUGAAAUUCCUCUGUUUUCAUCCACUGUUUGACUUGAACUCUUAUGAUGCUUGUAAUAUGUUAUACGUCACUGUAGGUACUAUACACAAUACAGUUGGCUACUUGAAAUGAUAUUUGAAUCACAGCAAUUUAUGUUCAAAAGCACCUUGUAUUCAUGAUUUAUCUAAAACUCAUAUUUGAAGACCAAAUUUCUCCCUACUAAAUUUAGGUAUAUAUUGGUUUUAACAGAGUUAUCAUUCCUCUUCAUUUUUUCCAUUUUUGUUUUCUUUAGCUUGGGAAUUUAUAUAAAGUGCCACAAAUGAAUAAUCUGCCCUCCAUGGCCAAAAGAACAAAACCUGUGUUUAGCGUUGCUGUGUGAAUGCCUCGUUUACUGUGUGUCAGGGAAAAUAAAGGAAUUGGUGUUUAAAAUUUGUAAAUGAGUUUCAUGCACAUUUAUUGAGUUGUUUUUUUUUUUUUUUUACAGAAUAUACAA